ACGGAAUAAAUUGAAAUAUCUCAGAACAAGUCGAUCUCAGCCUUGUGUAAUCUAUACACAUUGUAAGAUGAGGGAUACGACGACAAUGUGCAUUUAUUUGGCAAUGGAUAUACACGAUUUAUGAAUAUAACAGACCUUUGAGUUUAUUUCGUCUGGGACGAUAAGACAAUAAAUAAUUUGAUUUAAUGCCAUAUUCAGGUUUGUAUAUUGAUUGUCUCCAUCGGCCAAUAUUAAUAUCUCUGAGACUUGAGUCUUCUGAACGAAAGUUUCUGCUACGACUGACCGAAGAACAAGAUAAAUGAGCUCAAAAUCAGGAGAUGUCAAAGGCAAUAGACGAGAUCAGGUGUGAACUAUCAAUUGGAAUAUAUCCAACACAAAAUAAAGGAAAUGGUGGUCUGUGCAAUACAUUUUUUAGAGGCCCCUCGUGGUCGUUGCAGUCAUUAUUCACAUUUGCAAUGUUAUUGGUAUGCAUUCAACAAGUUGCAUCUAACUGUGAUACCAGCUGUCUUGGGACAAGAACAAAUUGUACAAUUGACAAGAAUAAUAACGCGUCUUUAAAUAGAUGUCAGUGCUUUUAUGAAUACCUUUACGGCGACACUUGUACGAGCGUUGAUAUGUUACAAGUAACCACCGAAAUAGACACUGAAAGUAUAUAUUAUAAUGUGAAAGUAUCCUUUAUUGACCCACACUGCCUCUCCAACUACACGGUUUUAGUGUUGCAAAUGUUCAGUUUUGAGAAUAUAACAAAUGCUUCCAUCCCAAUACAACAAGUAGAGAUAGGCUGUAAAUCAAACGUGAUGAUAGACGGUCUCCAGAGCUUGGGAGAGUACCGUUUGUGUGUCGCAUAUAAUGGAGAAGUUAGUCACAUGAUAGUCGAAGAUUUUAGCUCGCUUGAUAGACGUUGUAUUACCAUCAGAACUGGACGUGAUUGGGGCAUAUACAUCAUAGCUGCCAUCAUUGUAGGUGGAUUCAUUGGAGUUGUCUUUGUUAUAUUGUGUAUUAUGAGAUUAGCCUGUAGUAAAAAGCUGGACGACACCCCGCCCACUACUUCACAUCGACGAUGCGAGGAACACAGCUAGGACUCGCCAAUGUAUGGCUAUGUAUACUAUGAUAAAAAUACAAAACCAUUUUCCUUAAAAAUCGUAGUAUUAAUCAUCUUGCAUGAUCCACCUCACUUAC